AUGCCGAAAAAGAAAAAUAAUAAUAAUGUCGGUUUGGUUAGUGAACAUGUUCGUAUAGCAGUAGAUGUGGCUCUUAGAAAUUUUUCAUCUUCAGAACAAACAGAAAUAGAAUUUCCUUCUUCCCUAGCUGCCUAUGAAAGAGCUUACAUUCAUGGCCUGGCAGCUAAACUUGGUUUGCGAAAGAAAACCAAUAGAGUUCUUACAGUUUAUAAACGUGAAGGAUCCACCAUAGUUCAAGCAGAUGCAAAAUUUCAGUUAAAUAGAGUAGGCAGGCAAAUGAUAUAUAAUUUACUUACCAAGUUCCCGUUGUCUAGCAGAGAAAGGCAAGAUUUGUUGCCUCAGACGGAAAGGGAUAGAAUUAAUCAUGAUUUGAGAGAACUUAAUAAACCCCUUGGUCGUUUGCCAGCUGGUAUGAUACAAGUUCCUCCAGCCCCAGGUUCUAAUCCUAUAUUGCAAGCAUUUAGACAAACAUUGCCUAUUUGGUCUCAUAAAGAUGAAAUUAUUAGAACUAUUAAUAAUCAUCAAGUUUGUAUUAUACAGGGUGAAACAGGUUCUGGUAAAACUACCCAGGUUCCUCAGUUUAUAUUAGAGCAUUAUAGAUCAUUAAAUAAACGAUGUAGAAUUGUAGUCGUAGAGCCGAGAAGAAUAGCUGUUGUCAAUGUAUGCGAAAGAGUUUGUCUUGAAAGGAAUGAAAAAAUGGGACAUUCUGUAGGCUAUCAAAUAAGAUUAGAAAGCAGAAUUUCUCCAAUGACUGUAUUGACUUUUUGCACAAGUGGCGUCCUAUUACGUACACUAAUGUUUGGAGAAACAUCUGUUGCCAAUAUUUCUCAUAUUAUAAUUGAUGAAGUUCAAGAGCGAGAUAAAUUCUGUGAUUUCCUUUUAAUUGUUUUACGUGAUUUACUUUCUAAAUUCAGGAAUCUCCAUUUAAUACUUAUGUCAGCAACAUUAGAUUCUGAUAUGUUUUCAAAGUAUUUUAUGAAUUGUCCUGUAGUUUCAGUACCUGGUAGAAUGUUUCCGGUAAAGGAAUAUUUUUUGGAAGAUGUUCUCAAAUUAACUAGAUACAUGAGCAAGCCAAUGUUGAAGAUUAAACAAGAACUCAUGAGUAAAAAAUUACAAAAGGAAAAAUUACAAAAAUGGGAAGCUUUAAUUAAUAGCGAAUGUAAGACUGAUAAAGAAAAUGUUUCUCCCAAUCCUAUUUUAGAUAAAAAUAAUGUGAUUAAAAAGGAAGAUGCUGAUUCAUCGGUUAACGAAGUCAUGGAUAUAACAAUAGAAGAAGCUUUUUUAACUGGUUUAGAUGAUAAAAUGACCCAACUUCUUCAUUUAAUACUAUCAGAACAUGUUUCAGUAGAUUAUCAGCAUUCAAAGACUGGUAUGACUCCUUUAAUGGUAGCAGCUGCUAGAAAUUCAUUGAAUACUAUUGAACAGCUUCUUUUAUUAGGCGCAGAUAUGUCUAUUAAGGCAUCAAAUGAUAAAACAGCUUUUGAUUGGACCGUUAUGCUUGGUCAUAAAGAGGCUGCUGAUUUAAUACAAAGUUACAGCGAAAAAAACAUUGCUCAAAUAAAUGAAGCUGUGUUAAUAUCGAAAGAAACAUCUUUGAGUGAAGAAGACAAAGAAUUGCUGGAUAUUUAUCAUUCAAGUUUUAACGAUGAUGAUAUCGAUAUAAAUUUAUUAAUGAGUUUAUUAAUUCAAGUUCAUUGUACUCAGCCAAAGGGUGCAAUAUUAGUUUUUUUAGCGGGAUACGACGAUAUCACGGCUGUCAAAGAAAGGAUUGCUAGUGAAGAUGCGAAAUUUUUCGGUCACAUGAAAUACGUAGUGUAUACUUUACAUUCUAAAAUGCAAACGGGAGAUCAAAGAAAAGUUUUCAAACAGACGCCACACAACGUGAGGAAAAUAAUAUUGGCUACAAACAUUGCUGAAACAAGUUUAAAUAUUGAUGAUGUCGCGUACGUAAUUGAUUCUGGAAAAAUGAAAGAAAAAUGCCAUGAUCCAUUAACUAAUGUAUCGGGACUCAAUAAAAUUUGGAUCUCUCAAUAUUGCGCUGAGCAGAGAAAAGGAAGAGCGGGUAGAACGCAACCCGGUGUGUGUUAUCGCUUAUUUUCGUCGAUAAGAUAUAAGGCCAUGGAACCUCAACAGACUCCAGCAAUGUUAAGACUUUCACUUCAAGAACUGUGUCUUCAUUCAAAACUUUUAGCUCCAGCUAAUACACCCAUAGCUGAAUUUUUAUCAAAAGCAAUCGAGCCACCUCCUUUUACAGUGACAAGAAGUUCUGUGCAACAUCUUAAAACAAUUGAAGCCCUGGAUUCUUGGGAAGACUUAACAGAGCUGGGCAUUCAUUUAUUAGAUCUUCCCGUAGAACCUCGCCUCGGUAAAAUAUUACUAUACGGAUGCAUAUUAAAAUGUUUAGAUCCGGUUUUAACAAUUGUUUGUUGUUUGGCGUACAAUGAUCCGUUUGUUUUGCCCCUUCGGUCUUCACAAAAACAAGAAUUGAAUUUAGUCAGGCAAAAAUUCGCCGCUGGAACUUUUAGCGAUCACAUGGUGCUGCUAAGGGCAUUUCAGGGUUGGCAACAAGCUCGAAGCAACGGAUGGGAGAAAAGUUUUUGUCAAAAAAAUUUCAUAUCUUCGGCAACAAUGGAAAUGAUUAUGGGUAUUCGAACUCAACUUCUUGCUCAAUUGCGUGCAUCCGGUUUCGUGAGGUCGAGAGCACCCGGUGAUAUUAGAGACUUAAAUGCCAACAGUGAAAAUUGGGCAGCUGUGAAAGCAGCUUUAUGUGCUGGUUUGUAUCCGAAUUUAGCUCGAGUCGACAGAGAACAAGGUGUACUUAGGACUAGAAAAGAAUGUAAAGUUAAUAUUCACACGUCUUCGGCUCUACGAAAAGUUUCCAAUAAUAAUAAUAAUAAUAAUAAUGAAAUUAGUUUGGCUCAAGUGUCUUUGAAAACAAUUGAAAAUUUACCCUCGGAUUGGAUAAUAUACGAAGAAUUGGAAAGAUACGGUCGUUAUUGUCAUUUGAAAAGAUGCACCGUUGUUUCACCAUUAACGAUAGCAAUUUUUAGCGGUCCGUCACGAUUGCCUUUGGAAAGCGUUUGCGAAGCGGAAGCAUAUCAACCGAAUGGUAUCGUAGACGUGGAUAGCGAUUCGGAAGUAGAAGAAAAAACGGAAGGAAAUCGAUCGAGUUUAAAAAUCGACGAUUGGGUAUUGUUUAAAAUUGAUUCGGAAGCUGCUCAAUUGGUAUUACAAUUACGUCAAAAAUGGCACUCGUUAUUUUUGAGAAAAAUGAGAACGCCUGGAAGACCGGGUUUGCCAUUUGAUGACAUUGUCGUGAAAACUGUGAUUAGCGUUUUAUCCGCGGAAGAACAAGCAUUGAAUUUAACCCAACCCCAGGGAGUGGGUCAAAGGCCGAGACCGUGUAAUUUGGAACACGUUAAAGACGAUGAUUUUUUUUCUUCCUCUCCCGCGAAUCCCGUUCACGUAAACGUUGAAAAAAAAAAUGUUAAGAAACAAGUGGGAAGAGAAACUCCGGGAAGUUGUAAUACUUCUUCUCCUCCCGAAGGUUGUGAAACUUUACAAAAUAUGAAUUAUUUAACGGCGGGAAAUAUAAGCAAAAGCAGAUAUUUUGUCAUAAAAGUUCACAGUUUGAAAGCUUUUGAUAAUUCAAUCACGAAAGAAACUUGGAAUUUUGCUCCAAAUACCGAAAGAAGAAUAAAUCGAGCUUUGAAGGAAAGCAAAGAAGUUUUCCUUAUUUUUAGCGUUCAGGGAUCUGGUAAUUUUCAAGGGAUUGCCAAAUUAGUCAAUAUGACGGAUGGUCCAGUCGUGAGUUGUAAUCAAAUGCCUUUGCAAUGGUUGAAAAGAGGAAAUUUACCAUUUCAAGCAACUCGUCAUUUAUUUAAUCCAUUAAACGAAAAUAGAAGAGUUCAAUCUAGCAGAGAUGGACAGGAAAUAGAACCCAGCAUAGGUGCGGCACUUUGCAGUUUAUGGGAUAAUAAAAUAAAUGUAAAUAAAUUAUAUACCGAAGAAUCUCAGGGUGUGUGUGGUCGACCUGUAAAAAAUUAUCAAUCUCAAACCGGUUUCGAUACUAAUUCAUAUCAAAAAAAAUGUUAA